AUCAGUUUAACUGGCAAUUUAUUAAAUACAAUUCAAGAUGUUUAAAUUGAUCUUCGUAUUGUCUGCUCUUGCCUGUGCUACAUAUGCAGAAGCAAAACCCGGCGUAUUGGCUGCUGCUCCACUGGCGGUUGCUCCGGCAGUUGCUCCAGCUGUAGUUACCGCUCAAAGUUCCCAAGUUGUGGCCCGAAACUUCAACGCCUUAGUUGCGCCAGCGCCUAUCGUUGCUGCUCCAGCACCAGUUAUUGCUGCUAGAGCACCGCUUGUAGCUGCCCCAGCCCCGUUGUUAGCAGCCAGAGCUCCUCUUGUAGCUGCUCCAGCGCCGUUACUAGCUGCGAAGACUCCUUUAGUAGCAGCUCCUUAUGCGGCCUACCACAGCUUCUCCGCUCCUUUGGUAGCAGGAGCACUGCCUGCGGUAGCUGCUUAUAGAACUGCUCCCUUGUUGGAUCCAAAACCCGGUGUAUUAGCUGCUGCUCCACUGGCCGUUGCACCAGCAGUUGCUGCUCCAGCGGUUGUUACCGCCCAAAGUUCCCAAGUGGUCGCUAGAAACUUCAAUGCUUUAGUCGCCGGCCCUGCUCCUGUUAUAGCCGCUCCAGCACCAGUAAUAGCUGCCAGGGCUUCCCUCUUAGCUGCCCCAGCACCCAUAUUACCUGCCAGAGCCUCAUUUUUGGCUGCUCCAGCUCCAGUUGUUGCUGCCAGAGCUCCUCUUGUCGCAGCCCCAGCUCCUGUUCUGGCUGCGAGGGUUGCUUUCUUGGCUUUCGCCGCAGUCGCCGUCUCAGCUGCUCCAAAACCAGGCAUUUUCGCCGCUCCCUUGGCUGUGGCUCCUGCAGUAGCUCCCGCCGUCGUGACUGCUCAGAGCUCUCAGGUUGUGGCUCGCAAUUUCAACGCCCUCGCCGCCCCUGUCGUCGCAGCUGCUCCCGUCGUAGCUGCACCUGCUGUUGCCGCCCCAGUAUUGGCACAUUCCGCCCCAUUGUUGGCCGCCCCCGCACCAUAUGUAGCUUCUGCUUAUUCUCCCUACUUGAUUUAAAUAAAAUGAAUUAAGUCAUA